UAAUAUAAAGCCAAGGCAAGGCAACCCCCCAUUCUUCUGAAACAAGGAACCUACCUAAGGCUGAAUUAUUAUGAGCGAGUCCAAAAUGGGCGACCCCGACAACAGUAAUAAUAAUAGCAAUAGCAAGAGCAAUAGCAAUAGCAAUGCCAGGAGUGGUCCGGCGGCGGAGCACUGUGUGGACAUAGUUCAUCCCGUGGUUCCCCCUCCGCACAGAAGCGGGUUGCAGAGGCUAGGCAACCGGCUGAAGGAGACGUUUUUUCCGGAUGACCCUCUUCGGCAGUUCAAAGGGCAGUCUCCGGCGAGGAAAUGGGUGAUCGGAGCUCAGUAUAUUUUCCCGAUUCUUGAAUGGGGGCCUCAUUAUAAUCUCAGGCUCUUCAAAUCUGAUGUUGUUGCUGGCCUCACCAUUGCAAGCUUGGCCAUCCCUCAGGGUAUUAGCUAUGCUAAGCUUGCUAAUCUGCCUCCCAUUGUUGGGCUUUAUUCAAGCUUUGUUCCACCACUGGUGUAUGCUGUUCUUGGAAGCUCAAGAGACCUGGCGGUUGGGCCUGUAUCAAUAGCAUCGCUAAUACUGGGAUCCAUGCUGAGGCAAGAAGUGUCCCCCCUCAAAGAUCCCAUACUCUUUCUCCAACUCGCCUUCACCUCCACCUUCUUCGCCGGCCUCUUCCAGGCCUCCCUCGGCUUCCUAAGACUUGGGUUCAUAAUCGAUUUUCUGUCCAAGGCGACUUUGAUUGGAUUCAUGGCGGGGGCGGCCAUUAUUGUGUCUCUGCAGCAGCUUAAAGGCUUGCUUGGAAUUACCCAUUUCACCAAACAGAUGGGUUUGCUUCCUGUUUUGACCUCAGUUUUUCAUCACACUCGCGAGUGGUCGUGGCAGACUAUACUGAUGGGCUUUUGUUUCCUUCUCUUCCUUCUAAUCACAAGACACAUUAGCAUAAGAAAGCCGAAGCUGUUCUGGAUAUCAGCCGGAGCUCCUCUAGUGUCUGUCAUUCUUUCAACCAUACUGGUGUUUGCAUUCAAGGCCGAUGGUCAUGGCAUCAGCACGAUUGGGAAAUUGCAACAAGGCUUGAACCCACCUUCAUGGAACAUGCUCCGUUUCCAACACUCCCAUCUCCCCCUUGUUAUUAAGACUGGCCUCGUCACUGGCAUCAUCUCGCUCACGGAAGGAAUAGCCGUGGGUCGGACAUUUGCAGCUAUAAAAGACUACCGCGUGGACGGCAACAAGGAAAUGAUCGCCAUCGGCCUCAUGAACGUCCUCGGCUCUUUCACUUCUUGCUAUGUCACCACAGGCGCCUUCUCCAGGUCCGCGGUGAACCAUAACGCGGGGGCCAAAACCGCGGUGUCUAACAUCAUAAUGUCCGUCACAAUAAUGGUCACGCUCCUGUUUCUGAUGCCUCUAUUUCAGUACACGCCCAAUCUGGUGCUGGCCGCCAUCAUCGUCACCGCCGUUAUUGGGCUUAUCGACGUCCCCGCCGCCUACGCCAUUUGGAAGGUGGAUAAGUUCGACUUUGUUGUCAUGCUCUGUGCCUUCUUCGGCGUCAUUCUCAUCUCUGUUCAACACGGUCUCGCCAUUGCUGUUGGCAUAUCCAUUUUCAAAAUCAUCCUGCAAAUCACAAGGCCAAAAACAGUGAUGUUGGGGAACAUACCUGGAACAGACAUAUACAGAAACCUUCACCAUUACAAGGAUGCAACGAGCGUCCCAGGUUUCCUCAUCUUGGGCAUUGAAGCUCCAAUCAACUUUGCCAACGCUACAUAUCUCAACGAAAGGAUUUUGAGAUGGAUAGAAGAGUAUGAAGCUGAGGAUGAUGUGAAGAAGGAGGGCGGUGGCCUGCAGUUUGUUGUUUUAGAACUGUCAGCCGUGAGUGGUAUAGACACCAGUGGAGUCCUGCUCUUCAAGGAUCUAAGAAGAGCAUUGGAAAAGAAGGAUGUUGAGCUGGUGUUGGUGAAUCCAUUGGGUGAAGUGUUGGAAAAGUUGCAAAAAGCAGAUGAAAAUGGAGAGAUUUUGAGGCCGAAUAAUGUGUACUUGACAGUGGGAGAGGCGGUUGCUUCGCUAUCAGCAACAAUGAAGGGACAAUGCUCAACUACUAUAUAGGAACCAAUUCUCUUUUAUUUGUGUCGUCUCUGCUAUACUUUCAAAUAGCUAGGUACAACACAACAACAAUACCAUAACCUAAAUGUU